UAUUUAAUGAAUAUAAAUUUCCAAAGUACGGCUUAUGGAUUACAAUGGCUUCCCCCCCAUAACGUCCCUCCCAUCCGCAACCCUCCCCUUUCCCACUCCCUCUCCCCUUCCAUUCACAUCAAGAUUCAUUUUCGUUUCUCUUUAUAUACAGAAGAUCAGUUUAGCAUACAUUAAGUAAAGAUUUCAACAGUUUGCUCCCACACAGAAACAUAAAGUGAAAAAUACUGUUUGAGUACUAGUUAUAGCAUUAAAUCUCAAUGUACAGCACACUAAGGACAAAGAUCCUACAUGAGGAGUAAGUGCACAGUGACUCCUGUUGUUGACUUUACCAAUUGACACUCUUGUUUAUGGCAUCAGUAAUCAACCUAGGCUCUUGUCAUGAGCUGCCAAGGCUAUGGAAGCCCCCUGAGUUCACUAACUCUGAUAAUUUUUAGACAAGGUCGUAGUCAAAGUGGAAGUUCUCUCCUCCCUUCAGAGAAAGGUACCUCCUUCUUUGAAGACCUGUUCUUUCCACUGGAAUCUCACUCAUAGAGAUCUUUCAUUUAGGUCUUUUUUUUUUUUGCCAGAGUGUCUUGGCUUUCCAUGCCUGAAAUACUCUCAUGGGCUUUUCAGCCGGAUCCGCAUGCCUUAAGGGCUGAUUCUGAGGCCAGAGUGCUGUUUAGGACAUCUGCCAUUCUAUGGGUCUGCUGUGUAUCUCACUUCCCAUGUUGGAUCGUUCUCUCCCUUUUUUAUUCUAUCAGUUAGUAUUUGCAGACACUAUUCUUGUUUAUGUGAUCCCUUUGGUUCUUAGUCCUAUCAUUACGAUCAAUUGUGAACAGAAAUUGAUCACUGGGACUAGUGAGAUGGCAUUGGUACAUGCCACCUUGAUGGGAUUGAAUUGGAAUCCCCUGGUAUGUUUCUAACUCUACCGUUUGGGGUAAGUCAUCUUGAGCAUGUCCCGAAUUGUGCAUCUCUUCCCUCUGUUAUUCCCACUCUUAUAUUUAACAGCGAUCACUUUUCAGUUAAGUUUCAGCACUUAAGAGGAAUUGUGUAUUGAUUACAGUAUUCAACCAAAAGUAUUAAGUAGAACAAACAAAAAAUACUAAGAGGGAUAACAUAUCACACAAUUAUUCUCAGGUGUUUAAAUUUUAACUGAAAUGUUGUCGCUCCCCCAGUCGCGGAGGAACGACACAGGACCCUGCGCUGUUCUUUUGUCUGCUCGGCCCUUCCCGGGUUUGCUGAUGGUCCUUCCCGGGUUGGCUGCCAAUCCUUCCACCUCCGUGGAAGGGCGGAGCCCCCUGCCACUUUCCCCACUUCCGCGGGGGAGCGGCACACCGCUGGCCGGCUCUCUCGGGGGCUGCUCAGAUGUUAUUUGGAUGUUCCCCUUAGAUGUUCCUGGUGCAUGUUGUCUCUCUCCUCCUUUAUAGUCCUCUUCCACCAAUCCCAACUCUGCUACCCACACGCCGAGCAUGCUGCUCUUCUCCAAUCAGGAGCAAGAUCAGCUCCUGCAGCUCAGUCAAUCAAAUUGGCGAGAGGCAGCUGUGUAGAAGUUGUUUACUCCCUUCUCAGCACCAUAUUGUGGGAGAGCAGAUGCAUAGAAUAAGUCUUAAUUCCAGUAACUUAGUCUAGUCCGAGUUGCUCCCCACAAAAUGUGAUCCCUGUUAGGAAUUUGGAAAACAUUAUGCUGAGUGAAAAAAAAAACAUUUUUUAAAAAAGAGAUUUGUACUCCCAUGUUUAUUACAGCAGUAUUCACAAUAGCCAAUAAAAGGGGAAACAAAAGUGCCCAUUAACUGAUGCAUUGAGAAAAUGUGCAACAUAUACAUAAUAUACAUAAUGACAUAUUAUUUAGUCUUUAAAAAGAAUCACAUUUUGUAAUUUGCAACAACACAGAUGGAACUGGAGGUCAUAUAUUAUGUGGAAUUGAGAAAAUGUGAUCUGAUAGAAGUUAAAAGUGCAACGGUGGUUACAAGAGGCUAGCAAAAGUAGGGGAGAGAAAGGAAAAGGGAAAGGUGAUUAAUGGAUACUAAGUUGUAGUUAGAUAGGAAUAAAAAGUGAUUACACGGGAGAGCUCCAAGAUGGCGGAAUAGGGAGGGAGGGAGCUGAUAGUAUGGGAAAAGAUAAUUUAAUAAAAGUGGAGAUACUGUAGUUUCAGGGAAGAGUUAGGGAAAAACUGCAGAGGAAACUCUUCUGGAACUAGUGGGACACGGUGGAUGUAUGUGGAGGGCACGGGUGCCCACGGCUUGGGACCCCAGUGCUGGAAAGGGAGGUGAGGUGAAACCACAGUAGCUGGAGACACUGGCAGAAAAGUGGCAGGAAGAGUCUAGAGGGAACGAGGCUUGAAGUCCCAUAGGGGAAAGUACACCAACCUAACUAGAGGAGAGAAAAAAAAAAAAAAGGGACCGGGACGGACAAAUUCUCUCUCUCCACUCACCUCACAAAGGUGGGGAAAACAUUACAGCAGGCGUCAUUUUGGACAUACAUAACAGCUGCACAAGCUCAGGGCUGUGCCCACCCUCAGCCAAGCAGAAAAACCUGACUCUCAUGGGGAGAAAUAACAGGAGGUUAAGACCUAGUGAAUGUGUGGAACUUAUGAACUGGGACUGUUAAAAAAAAAAACUGAGGGUGUGUGGGAGAACUCACAGUGUGCCUGAGAGGUACUCUUGUACUCUUGGUGGGAGACUCCACAGUCUCGGUAACCUUGGCAACCCGGUAGGAGACACAGCAGGGGAAUACGAGCUUACACUGAGGACUGAACAGAUCCUUUGUGUUGUCCUUGGGACAGAGCAGAGGACUAUUAUACCUACUGGGGCUAGUGCUCAGGCAAUGAUUGCCUUCAAGGGAGAAUAGCUCAGCUGAAUGGAAUUACUUCCCUUCUGAAUAAAAGAGAGAGAGAGAGAGAGAGAGAGAGAGAGAGAGAGAUUUGCCACGCCAAACCUGGGUGUGUCACCUUUGGCACACCCUUAACACUGAAGAACAGAACUGAACAGAGCACCCACCACAAGCCUCUAGAGAUUCACCAAAAGCAGGCACUUAAUCUAGAGUCAUAGUAUAGAAAAGAAGACACCAAAGAGUAUCUCCACAAUGCCAAACAAUAAACGCAGAAACCAAGGAAACAAGAACAAGGAAGAUAUUAUGAUGCCCCCAAAUGAACAUGACACUCCAAUACAAGAUUGUGAAGAUGAUGAGAUAGAAGAAAUGCAAGAUACAGAUUUCAAAAAAUUUAUGAUAAGAGCAUAUGUUCUCAAAAACAAAUUCUUGAACUACAGAAAUCCUUACUGGACAGGAUAGAAAAUCUCUCUCAGGAAAAUGAAAUCUUAAGGAGGAAUCAAAAUGAAAUGAGGAUUAUAGUAGAACAUGAAAUUGUGAUAUUGAAGAGAAAUCAAAAUGAAAUGAAGAAUUCAAUGGAACAAAUGACAAAUGUAUUUGAGAGCCUUAAAAACAGAAUCAGUGAGAUAGAAGAGAGAAUAUUGGACUUAGAAGACAGAGCACAGGAAAGUAUACAGUCAAACCAAAGAAAAGAAGAGGAAAUUAGAAAUCUAAAAAAUAUUGUUAAGAAUCUACAGGACACUAUUAAAAACCCAACAUUCGGGUUCUAGGAGUUCCUGAAGGCAUGGAGAGGGAGAAAGGAUUAGAAGGCCUUUUUAGUGAGAUAUUAGCAGAAAAUUUCCCAGGUUUGGAGAAGGACAGAGAAAUCCUAGUCCAGGAAGCACAUAGAACCCCCAAUAAACAUGACCAAAAGAGAUCCUCACCACGACACCUUGUAAUCAAACUCACCACAGUGAAACAUAAAGAAAAGAUCCUAAAAUGUGCAAGAGAGAAACGUCAGAUUACUCUCAGAGGAUCUCCAAUCAGACUCACAGCUGACUUCUCAUCAGAAACACUACAGGCUAGGAGGGAAUGGUGAGACAUAGCACAGGUGCUAAGAGAGGAAAACUGCCAGCCCAGAAUAUUAUAUCCUGCAAAGCUAUCAUUUGUGAAUGAAAGUAAAUUAAAGACCUUUCAUAGCAAACAGAAAUUGAAAGAAUUUGUCACCACCCAUCCAGCCCUGCAAAAGAUGCUUAAAGAUGUGUUACACACAGAAACACAGAAACACGGCCAUCAAGGUAUGAAAGAAGGUAAAGGAAGAAAACCUCCCAGUAAAAGAUCACACGAAGUUCAAAGCAUUUAUUAGAAAUAUCUAUGGGAAAAUGGCAGGUCAAAGUUCCUACUUAUCACUAGUCACACUGAAUGUUAAUGGCCUCAACUCUCCAGUUAAAAGACACAGACUGGCUGAAUGGAAUAAGGAGCAAAACCCAUCUAUUUGAUGCUUACAAGAAGCACAUCUUCCAACAAAGAUGCAUGCAGACUGAAAGUGAGAGCCUGGAAAAAGAUAUAACAUGCCAACAGAAACCAGAAAAAGCUGGUGUAGCCAUCUUAAUAUCAGACAAAAUAAAUUGUAACACAAAAACUGUUAAGAGAGACAAAGGGGGGCACUAUAUAAUGAUUAAGGGACCAAUUCAACAGGAAGAUGUAAUUAUUAUCAAUGUAUAUGCACCUAAUCACAGGGCACCGGUUUAUUUAAAAGAUUUGUUAAGGGACUUAAAGGGAGACUUAGACCCCAAUACAAUAGUACUGGGGGACUUCAAUACUCCACUCUCAGAAAUAGACAUCAACAGGACAGAAGAUCAACAAGGAAACAGCAGAUUUAAUCGACACUAUAGCCCAGAUGGAUCUAACAGAUAUCUACAGAACUUUCAAUCCUACAUCUAAAGACUUUACAUUCUUCUCAGCAGUGCAUGGAACCUACUCAAGGAUUGACCACAUACUAGGCCAUAAAGCAAGUCUCAGCAAAUUCAAAAGAUUUGGAACCAGGCUGAGCCCACCUUAGCCCACCAACAAGCCGCGUCUCCGCCGUCUCCGCUGCCAGGCCGCCCGCGCCAUGCCCGCCGCCAGCUCUGAGCUGCCGUCGCCGCCCACAGCGCAGGAGCAGGGCGCCGAGGCGCGGCCACCCCACAGGGAGCUGCAGUACCUGGGGCAGAUCAAGCACAUCCUGCGCUGCGGCUUCAGGAAGGAGGACCGCACGGGCACCGGCACCCUGUCGGUGUUCGGCAUGCAGGUGUGCUACAGCCUGAGAGAUGAAUUUCCUCUGCUGACAACCAAACGUGUAUUCUGGAAGGGUGUCUUGGAGGAGUUGCUGUGGUUUAUCAAGGGAUCCACAAAUGCUAAAGAACUGUCUUCCAAGGGAGUGAAAAUCUGGGAUGCCAAUGCAUCCCGAGACUUUUUGGACAGACUGGGAUUCUCCACCAGACAAGAAGGGGACCUGGGUCCAGUUUAUGGCUUCCAGUGGAGGCAUUUUGGUGCAGAAUACAAAGAUAAGGACUCAGAUUAUUCAGGUCAAGGAGUAGACCAACUGCAGAAAGUGAUCGAUACCAUCAAAACCAACCCUGAUGACAGAAGAAUCAUCAUGUGUGCCUGAAAUCCCAAAGACCUUCCUCUGAUGGCGCUGCCCCCAUGCCAUGCCCUCUGCCAGUUCUACGUGGUGAAUGGGGAGCUGUCCUGCCAGCUGUACCAAAGGUCGGGAGACAUGAGCCUGGGCGUGCCCUUCAACAUCGCCAGCUAUGCCUUGCUCACCUACAUGAUCGUGCAUGUCACCGGCCUGAAGCCAGGUGAUUUUGUACAUACUUUGGGAGAUGCCCAUAUUUACCUGAACCACAUUGAGCCUCUGAAAACUCAGCUUCAGCGAGAACCAAGACCUUUCCCGAAGCUCAAAAUUCUUCGAAAAGUUGAGACGAUUGAUGAUUUCAAAGCUGAAGAUUUUCAGAUUGAAGGGUACAACCCACAUCCAACUAUUAAAAUGGAGAUGGCUGUUUAGUGUGUUUUCGCAAUGGUUGUUGGAAGGAUAUUAUCAGUCUUCAGGGAUUGGGCUAAAGGUGAAAGUUCUUUUUGCUCUAAAAGAGAAAGAAACUAGGUAAGAAAUCCAUCUGAUCUUUCACUUAUUAUUCAUUAAUUUCUAAGAAUGUUGCCACUGGCAAAUAUAACUUUGGUUCUUUGAGUAACAAAAAGAUGAACCUGUUUAACUCUGAGAGUGUAGGAAAAUGCUGAAUUUAUGAAGUGAGGAGUAGAAAUGUAUAUACUCUUGAAAUAUGUACAUAUAUUUUGAUCUUGUCUUUAUGAAAAAAGUUCAGUAAGUUUCAAGAAUUGUGAAUUCCUCCAAAUUUGAGUGAGCUCAAUGACACUGCCAAUCAUGAUGUAUAAUGUGGUUAUGAACAUUUAUAAUUACAUUUGUUUUAUAUAUUACUAUAAUAAAGUGUUUGUAUUUGUCCAUGUCAAAAAAAAUUAAAAAAAAGAAUUGGAACCAUACCAUGCAGCGUCUCAGACCACCAUGGAAUGAAGCUGGAAAUUAGCAACUCAGGAAUCCCUAGAGCAUAUGCAAACACAUGGAGACUGAACAACAUGCACCUGAAUGAACAAUGGGUCAUAGAAGAAAUCAAAAGAGAAAUCAAAAACUUUCUGGAAGUAAAUGAGGGUAACAACACACAUAACAAAACUUAUGGGAGACAGCAAAAACAGUUUUGAGAGGAAAGUUUAUAGCAAUAGGUGCCUGCAUCAAGAAAUUGGAAAGGCACCACAUAAAUACGCUUUCAGUGCAUCUCAAGGAUCUAGAAAAACUGCAACAAACCAGACCCAAAACUAGUAGGAGAAAAGAAAUAAUUAAAAUCAGAGAAGAAAUCAACAGAAUUGAAUCGAAAAACAUUACAAAAGAUCAGAUGGUUUUUUGAAAAAAUGAAGAGCUGGUUUUUUGAGAAAAUAAACAAAAUUGACACCCCAUUGGCCCAACUAACUAAAAAAAGAAGAGGAAAGACCCAAACCAAUAAAAUCAGAGAUGAAAAAGGGAAUGUAAUAACAGACACCACAGAAAUAAAAAGAAUCAUCAGAAAUUACUACAAAGAGUUGUAUGCCAGCAAACAGAGAAAUCUAUCAGAAAUGGAUAGAUUCCUGGACACAUGGAACCUACCUAAGUUGAACCAUGAAGACAUAGAAAACCUAAACAGACCCAUAAAUGAGACAGAAAUUGAAAUCAGUAAUAAAGGCCCUCCCAACAAAGAAAAGCCCAGGACUGGAUGGAUUCACUGCUGAAUUCUACCAGACAUUUAAAGAAGAACUAACUCCAAUUCUUCGCAAACUGUUCAGAACAAUCAAAAAAGAGGGAAUCCUCCCAAAUUCUUUAUAUGAAGCCAGUAUCACCUUAAUUCCUAAACCUGAAAAAGAUGCAGCAUUGAAAGAGAAUUACAGACCAAUAUCCCUGAUGAACAUAGACGCAAAAAGCCUCAAUAAAAUUCUCGCCAAUAGAAUGCAACAACACAUCAGAAAGAUCAUCCACCCAGACCAAGUGGGAUUUAUCCCUGGUAUGCAGGGAUGGUUUAAUGUGCGCAAGACAAUCAAUGUGAUACACCACAUUAACAGACUGCAGAAGAAAAACCAUAGGAUUAUCUCAAUAGAUGCCGAGAAAGCAUUUGAUAAAAUACAACACUUUUCAUGUUGAAAACUCUAAGCAAACUGGGUAUGGAAGGUACAUUCCUCAAUACAAUCAAAGCAGUCUAUGAAAAACCCACAGCCAACAUCCUAUUGAAUGGGGAAAACUUGGAAGCAUUUCCACUGAGAUCUGGUACCAGACAGGGAUGCCCACUCUCAUCACUGCUAUUUAAUAUAGUUAUGGAAGUUUUAGCCAGAGCCAUUAGGCAAGACAAAGAAAUUAAAGGGAUACAAAUUGGGAAGAAGAAGUCAAACUAUCCCUCUUUGCAGAUGAUAUGAUUCCUUAUUUAGGGGAUCCAAAGAACUCUACUAAGAGACUAUUGGAACUCAUAGAAGAGUUUGGCAAAGUAGCAGGAUAUAAAAUCAAUGCACAAAAAUCAACAGCUUUUGUAUACACAGGCAAUGCCACGGCUGAGAAAGAACUUCUAAGAUCAAUCCCAUUCACAAUAGCUACAAAAACAAUCAAAUACCUUGGAAUAAACUUAACCAAGGACGUUAAAGAUCUCUACGAUGAGAAUUACAAAAUCUUAAAGAAAGAAAUAGAAGAGAAUAUCAAAAAAUGGAAAAAUCUUCCAUGCUCAUGGAUUGGAAGAAUCAAUAUCAUCAUCAAAAUGUCCAUUCUCCCAAAAGCAAUUUAUAGAUUCAAUGUGAUACCAAUCAAAAUACCAAAGACCUUCUUCUCAGAUCUGGAAAAAAUGAUGCUGAAAUUAAUAUGCAAGCACAGGAGACCUUGAAUAGCUAAAGCAAUCUUGUACAACAAAAACAAAGCCGGAGGCAUCACAAUACCAGAUUUCAGGACAUACUACAGGGCAGUUGUAAUCAAAACAGCAUGGCACUGGUACAGAAACAGAUGGAUAGACCAAUGGAACAGAAUUUAAACACCAGAAAUCAACCCAAACAUCUACAGCCAACUCAUAUUUGAUCAAGGAUCUAAAACCAAUUCCUGGAGCAAGGACAGUCUAUUCAAUAAAUGGUGCUGGGAAAACUGGAUCUCCACAUGCAGAAGCAUGAAGCAAGACCCCUACCUUACACCUUACACAAAAAUCCACUCAACAUGGAUUAAAGAUCUAAAUCUACGACCUGACACCAACAAAUUUUUAGAGAAAAUCAGAGAAACCCGCAAGAUAUAGGCACAGGCAAAGACUUCUUGGAAAUGACCUUGGAGGCACAGGCAAUCAAAGCAAAAAUUAACAAUUGGGAUUACAUCAAAUAGAGAAGUUUCUGUACUUCAAAAGAUACAGUCAGGAAAUUGAAGAGGCAACCGACAGAAUGGGAAAAAAUAUUUGCAAACUAUGCAACAGAUAAAGGGUUAAUAACCAGAAUCUACAAAGAGAUCAAGAAACUCCACAAAAACAAAACAAACAACCCACUUAACAGAUGGGCCAAGGACCUCAAUAGACAUUUUGCAAAAGAGGAAAUCCAAAUGGCCAACAGACACAUGAAAAAAUGUUCAGGAUCACUAGCCAUCAGGGAAAUGCAAAUCAAAACCACAAUGAGGUUUCACCUCACACCAGUUAGAAUGGCUCACAUUCAGAAAUCUACCAACAAUAGAUGCUGGCGAGGAUGUGGGGAAAGAGGGACACUAACCCACUGUUGGUGGGAAUGCACACUGGUAAAGCCACUAUGGAAGUCAGUUUAGAGAUUCCUCAGAAACCUGAAUAUAACCCUACCAUACAACCCAGCCAUCCCACUCCUUGGAAUUUACCCAAAGGAAAUUAAAUUGGCAAAUAAAAGAGCUGUCUGCACCUUAAUGUUUAUUGCAGCUCAAUUCACAAUAGCUAAGACCUGGAACCAACCUAAAUGCCCAUCAACAGAAGACUGGAUAAAGAAAUUAUGGAAUAUGUACUCUAUAGAAUACUAUACAGCAGUAAAAAAUGAAAUCUCUUCAUUUGUGACAAAAUGGAGGCAUAUGGAAGAGAAUGAUCCUACAUGGGAAGCAGGAUACAGAGCAGACUCAUAGAAUGGCAAGAAAUAAUUAUUAUUAAUUUGAAAAAAAGUUAAGUGGCACAGUAACACUAAGAAUCAUAAGCAUAAAGAAAUUUCACACUUGGGGCCGGUGCUGUGGCAUAGUGGGUGAAGUCGCCACCUGCAAUGCCUGAAUCCCAUAUGGGUGCUGGUUCCAGUCCUGGCUGCUCCACUUCUGAUCCAGCUCUUUGCUAUGGUCUGGGAAAGCAGUAGAAGAUGGCCCAAGUCCUUGGGCCCCUGCACCCGCAUGGGAGACCUGGAAGAAGCUCCUGGCUCCUGGCUUCGGAUCGGCACAGCUCCCGCCAUUGCAGCCAACUGGGGAGUGAACCAGCAUAUGGAACACCUCUCUCUUGUCUCUCUCUGUCUCUCCUUCUCUCUCUGUAUAACUGUGACUUUCAAGUAAAGUAAAUAAAUCUUUCAGAAAAAAAGAAGGCCGGCGCCACGGCUCACUAGGCUAAUCCUCUGCCUUACAGCGCCGGCACACCGGGUUCUAGUCCCGGUUGGGGCACCGGAUUCUGUCCCGGUUGCUCCUCUUCCAGGCCAGCUCUCUGCUGUGACCCGGGAGUGCAGUGGAGGAUGGCCCAAGUGCUUGGGUCCUGCACCCACACAUGGGAGACCAGGAGAAGCACCUGGCUCCUGGCUUCGGAUUGGUACGGUGUGCCAGCCACAGCGCACCGGCCGCAGCGGCUAUUGGAGGGUGAACCAACGGAAAAGGAAGACCUUUCUGUCUCUCUCUCUCACUGUCCACUCUGCCUGUCAAAAAAAAAAAAAUCACACUUAACUGAGCAAAAUUUAAGGUAUUGUUAAUAUUUAAACCAAGAUCAUAAUUUGAAAAUCAAGAUAUACUUUCUACUUGGAGAAAAUAUUUAUAACCCAUGUGACAGACAAAUGAUUAAUAUUUCUUCUAUACAAAGAGGUGCUACAAAUGAGUAAGACAGAGCAGAUUUACUCCCAUUGAAAUUAAUGAAAAUUAUUUUUUAAACAAUGAUUUAAAGUUUCUGGAGGUGGUUGUAAUGACAAGCAGCAAAUAAAGAAAAUCUAUUAAAAUUUGAGAAGAAAGACAAGAAACUGUGGUGUUUGAAAUAAGAGUACAGGGCCAGCACUGUGGCGUAGUGGGUAAAGCCGCCACCUGCAGUGCCAGCAUCCUAUAUGUGAGCUGGUUCAAAUCCUGGCUGCUCCACUUCCUAUCCAGCUCUCUGCUAUGGCCUGGGAAGGCAGUAGAAGAUGGCCCAAGCACCUUGGGUCCUGGCCCCUGCGUAGGAGAUCCCAAAAAACUUCCUGGCUCCUGGCUUCGGAUCAGAUCAGCUCUGGCCGUUGCGACCAUUUGGGGAGUGAACCAGCGGAU